CCCGACUCUUCCAACUUCUCCUUCUUGCACACCUUAGGCCUCCGUUCUAUCAUAUGUCUUUGUCCGGAGCCGUAUCCUGAGGACAGCAUGGAUUUCCUCAAGUCCAACGGGAUCCGAUUGUUUCAAUUCGGAAUUGAAGGUACUAAGGCCGGUUCAGACAAGGCUGAUGCAUAUGUAAACUUGAUUCUCGAGUGUAUGAGGAAUUUGGAUAUGAGCGCUGAGCAUAUGUACUAUUUGGAGCCUUUUGUGAACAUUCCAGACGAUUCAAUUCGUGAAGCACUUAAAGUUAUUCUUGAUGUGAGGAAUCGUCCAGUUUUAAUCCAUUGCAAACGAGGGAAGCAUCGAACUGGUUGCGUUGUGGGAUGCUUCAGAAAGUUGCAGAAAUGGUGCCUAACGUCAGUCUUUGACGAGUACCAGCGAUUCGCCGCUGCCAAGGCAAGAAUUUCAGAUCAGAGGUUCAUUGAACGAUUCGAUGUUUCUGGCCUGAAGCAUCUGCCAUCAUCAUUUUCAUGUUCCAAAAGGUAAUUGCCUGUCCUGUAUGGCUGCUGCGAACUCCGAGGAUGUUCAUUAAUGGAAGAAGAUGCCCAAUAAACUCGAGCAGAUGAUGAAUGAUUCUGAAAUUGUUUUCAGUGGUCAAUUAGUUGCCAUUUAUUAGGCCUCACAUUUCUUUCAAGUGAUUACUCCCCUCUUGUAUUUGUAUAUUUACUACUCUCAAACUCAUAAAUCCACCAGCUGGGAUUCACCACAAUCAUAUGUAUUAGAUUUCAAGAAGAUGAAAGUUGUUCAAAGUUAUAAUCCUUUUUUAGCUUUA